AGUUGUGUUAGAUGUCAAGAUAAAAGAGUCGUAUUUUGUUCGCACAAUAAACGUGCGAAUCGAAAUGUAAUUAGUGUAUAUACAUUAUUAUAAUAAGUUGUUAAUUAAAAUGACAAUGGUAUGGAGACAAGUUAAAGAACAUUCAGGAGUAGCCAUUUAUAACUUCACACAUGGGACUCCCUAUGCAAUGCGAUUAACUGUUGGGGAAGUAGUAUAUAUAUUAGAGGAGUGUGGAAAUUGGUAUUAUGGACGUAGUAAAUUCAGAGGCACUUGUGGUAUCUUCCCAAAAUCUUACAUACACAUUCAGCAGCAAUCAAUGAACAUGGACUGUUUAAUACAUGAAAUCACUAAUGUUUUAAGAGAAUGGGGACAACAUUGGAAGCAUUUAUAUGUGACUUUUUCAGAGCACUUUAAAAUAAUGAAAGAACAGAUUUUAGAGUUAAUAGAAUAUAGAAGUAAAAUUUUAAGUGGCACAUUGACAGUAGAUGAAUUAAAGGAUAUGAAAAGAUUGGCAACAGCUAGGAUUGAUACUGGUAAUCAAUUAUUAGGUAUGGACAUGGUUGUCCGUGAUGAUCAAGGAAACGUUCUUAAUCCUGAAAAAACAAGCACAAUUCAGUUAUACUAUCAUCAUGAAACAACUGCUGAAAGAAUAAGAAAGGCAGCUAAUGAUACAAAACAAAAGCCUUCAAAACCACAAGCACCAGUAUACUCACAUAUCUUUUUUGUUAGUGUAAGAAAUUUUGUCUGUAAAAUGGCAGAAGAUGUAGAAUUGUUAUUGACUUUAUAUGAUGGUCGGGAAAUGAAAACAAUCACUGAAAAUUAUGUUGUGUCAUGGAGUAAAGAGGGACUUGCCAGAGACAUAGAUCAGCUACAUAAUCUUCGAGUUUUGUUUACAGAUCUUGGUUCUCGAGAUUUAACUAGGGAUAAAGUUUAUUUAGUUUGUUAUGUAAUUAGAGUAGGAGGUAUGGAAGCUAAAGAUGUUGAUCACAGACGUUCAAGUGUAGCACAAACUAAUCAAAAAGUUAAAAAUACUGAAAAUAUGAGAAGACCAUUUGGUGUAGCAGCAAUGGAUAUUACUUUAUAUAUUACUGGAAAACUUGAAGGAGAUUCAGAUCAUCACCACUUUAUACCGUUUGUACAAUGUUGUGAGAAAGAAAGUUUAGAUGGAACAUUACGUAGAAUUCUUUCUCAAAAAGAAACAAAUGUUCAGAAAAGUGGUAAUGGUAAUAGUGGUAGUUUUGCUGGUGGUCAAGGUUUAUGGGCCAGUUUAAAAUUGCUUAGAGGAGAUCCAAAACAAGUACGUGAUGAAAACCCACAUUUAGUAUUGGGUAAUGUUGCUAUUGCAAGAAAAAUGGGGUUUCCAGAAGUUAUUUUACCAGGUGAUGUGAGGAAUGACUUAUACCUCACAUUAAUUAGUGGUGAAUUUAAUAAAGGAUCAAAAUCCACAGACAAAAAUGUUGAAGUUACAGUUAAAGUAUGCAACGAGUCUGGUGUACCAAUACCAGGAGUUAUGACAUUAGGUGGUGGAGCCUUACCAAUUGAUGAAUAUCAUAGUGUUAUUUAUUAUCACGAAGAUAAACCUAGAUGGUGUGAAACAUUUAAAAUUGCUGUACCUAUUGAAGAAUUUAAGCAAGCUCACUUGAAAUUUACAUUUAAACAUCGCAGUUCAAAUGAAGCAAAAGACAAGUCAGAGAAACCUUUUGCUUUAAGUUAUGUUAAAUUAAUGCAACGUAAUGGAACAACAUUGCAAGACAUACAACAUGAACUAUUAGUUUAUAAAUUAGAUCAAAAGAAGUAUGAAGAAACUGAUAUUUCAUAUUUGAAAUUACCAUCAACAAGGGGUGAAUUGGUUGAACUAACUAUUGAGAAAAAGCCAACAUUAGGAUCGCUUACCUUAAGUAGUAAAGACAGUUUUUUGAUAGCAACUAAUAUUUGUUCAACAAAAUUAACGCAAAAUGUAGACUUAUUAGGUUUAUUAAAUUGGGCUUCACAUAAUACCGAUUUAGAAGAAUCCUUAAUUGCUUUAAUGAAAGUUAAUGAUGAAGAAGUAGUAAAGUUCUUACAAGAUGUUUUAGAUGCUUUAUUUAAUAUAUUAAUGAGUAAUUCAGAGAGUGAUGUCUAUGAUGAUAUGGUAUUCGAAUGUUUAUUGUACAUUAUUGGUCUUGUGUCUGAUAGAAAAUAUCAGCAUUUUCAACCAGUAUUGGAUUUGUACAUUUCCGAAAGUUUCUCUGCAACACUAGCAUACAAAAAGUUGAUUGCAGUAUUACGUAAACGCAUAGAUAACGCAACCAAUAAUGAUGGACAGGAGCGUGAUAUACUGCUUAAAACUAUGAAAAGUCUUCAAUAUUGUAUGAGAUUUGUUGUAGAAUCCCGUCUUUUAUUUACUGAACUAAAUCAAGAUGAAGAGGAGUUUUCUCAAACUUUAACAGAAUUACUGAGAUCUAUUGUUGAACUUAUGAGGCAUGAAACAGAUAGUACUUUAUUAGUUCAAGGAGCAUGCCUUAAAUAUUUACCAACUACUAUACCUCAUUUGCUACGAGUAUACAGUGACAAGCAAUUGAGCAUAAUUUUGACAGAUUUAUUAGUUACUUUACCAGUAGGAAGAUUAACAAAACAGAAAAUGAUGACAGUUAAUGACAUUGUUCAUAGCCCCCUCUUUUUGAAAGCAGAGUGUAGGACAAUUCUGCUGCCUAGGAUUACUAUUUUAGUUCGAGAUUUAUUGGAAGCUAAAGAAGAGGGGCUGUCAAGUACGCCUGGAAAAAGCGUGGCGAAGGUAGCCAGGCUGCUCGGCGAAAAUCGACAUCGACUCAACCAGCACCGUGGCUACUCUGAAGAGGUAGAAUUGUGUGUCAGGAUAUUAUCCGACAUCUUGGAAUUAACAUUUAGGAAAGAUAUAGAAAGCACUGUGCAGGAUGUAAAGGAAAUUAUGCUCACUGCCUUGCGAACCAUCAUACAAACGGUUAUAUCGAUGGAUAGAGAAAAUCCAUUAGUGGGAAAUUUAGUUUCAGUCAUGUUAGCAAUGUUCAGACAAAUGACACAACAACAUUAUGAAAUUUAUAUAAAUCACUUUGGAACUAAAUUUGAUUUGCUUGAUUUCCUUAUGGAAAUACUAUUAGUAUUUAAAGAUUUAGUAUCAAAAAGUGUGUUUCCAAGAGAUUGGUGUGAAAUGAUUAUGCUUCAAAAUAGUAUAAUUUUAAAAUCAUUGCGUUAUUUCUCGGGUACAAUUAGGGACUAUUUCUUCAUUGAUUUCGAACAGCAAGCUUGGUCUAACUUUUUUCAUUGUGCAAUUGCGUUUUUGACCCAGCCAGCUUUACAGUUAGAGAUAUUCACACCAUCAAAACGCAAUCGUAUUGUUUCGCGUUACAAUGAUAUGCGCAGAGAAACAGCGUUUGAAAUACGAUCAAUGUGGUUUAAUUUGGGGCAACAUAAAAUAUUAUUUGUUCCUGCUUUAGUUGGAGCCAUCUUGGAGAUGGCAUUAAUUCCAGAAAGUGAAUUAAGAAAAGCAACUAUACCUAUAUUUUUUGAUAUGAUGCAGUGCGAAUUUUAUAGUUCACGUAUUGUAGAAGGAUACGGUGAUACAAAACGUGAUCCUGCUCAUAUGAAAGCUAAUUUCACGGAAUAUGAAAAUGAAAUGAUUGCAAAAUUAGACAUAUUGGUCGAGGGAGGAAGAGGAGAUGAACAAUUUCGUUUACUUUGGAUUCAAGUAAUGGGUAACCUUUGUGAAAAACAUUCAACUAUGCGAGAACAAGGAUUACGCUUUGUUGAUACAGUAGCAAAACUUAUGGAACGCCUAUUACAGUAUCGUGAUAUAAUUCACGCUGAGUCUCAGGAACAUAGAAUGCUAUGUAUUGUAAAUUUGCUAGAAUUUUACUCUGAGAUAAAUAGAAAAGAAAUGUAUAUUAGAUACGUAAAUAAACUUUGCGAUCUGCAUUUAGAAUGUGAUAAUUACACUGAAGCAGCAUAUUCAUUGAAACUUCAUAGUCAAUUAUUGGCAUGGAGUGAUCAGCCGUUACCACCGCUUUUAAGAUCACAUAGAUAUUUAUCCUGUCAAACACAUCGCGAAUUAAAGGAAGCAUUAUAUAAUGACAUGAUCGAAUAUUUUGACAAGGGUAAAAUGUGGGAAUGUGCACUUGCAGUAUGUAAAGAAUUAAUUACGCAAUAUGAAGAAGAGACAUUUGAUUACUUGCAACUUUCGGUGUUAUUAAAGCGUAUGGCUAAGUUUUAUGACUCAAUAAUAAAACAAUUAAGGCCUGAGCCUGAAUAUUUUAGAGUUGCAUAUUAUGGUCGAGGUCACCCGGCAUUUCUACAGAAUAAGAUAUUUGUUUAUCGCGGAAAGGAAUAUGAACGUCUCAGUGAUUUUUGUUCUCGAACAUUAAAUCAAUUACCAAAUGCAGAACAAAUGAAUAAGUUGUCCCCUCCUUCUCCAGAAAUGCUAGAAUCCAAUCAUCAAUAUGUUCAAAUUAACAGGGUAGAUCCGCUAAUGGAUGAAAAAAGACAUCGACUUAGUGGAAAACCUAUAACAGCAGAAGCAGUGUUAAGAUAUCACCGAGUAAAUGAUGUUCAACGUUUUCGAUUCUCAAGACCAGCACCAAAGAAAGAUUUAAGUUUGAUUACUGUCAAUUCUGGCGAUAAAGAAAAAGAAAUAAAUAAUGUUACCAAUAAUGAAUUUGCUUCAUUAUGGUUAGAAAGGACAGUACUCGUCACGAGUCAUCCUUUACCGGGCAUUCUUAGAUGCUUUCCUGUUACAUCUAGUGAAACUUAUUUAGUCAGUCCUCUUCGUAAUGCAAUUGAAACAAUGGAAGCUACAAGCACUACAUUAAGAGAUUUGAUUUUUGCACACAAGGCUGACCAUAACCUUCCACUGAGUCUCCUUAGCAUGAAACUCAGUGGUAUAUUAGACCCAGCGGUAAUGGGUGGUAUAGAUAAUUACGAGAAAGCAUUUCUCAAUCCUGAAUAUCGCAAUUCUCAUCCAGAAGAAAGUUCCGAUCUUCUCAAGUUAGAAGGCUUAAUUGCUGAACAAAUUCCAUUGUUAAGUGUUGGGGUUCAAUUACAUAAAAUACGCGCACCUUCUGAAUUGACUCCAUUUCAUCAACGUUUAGAACAAUGUUUUGCGUCGAUGCGAAACCAAGUAGAGGCGAAGUAUGGAAAAAGAACAUGUGAUUUACAAAUUGAAAAUUUAACUCAAUCUGUUACAAUGCGAAGACAUCAAGCUUCGAGAGGCGAAAAUCAUCGAUUGUCCGAAUCAAGUAUAAUGAAUUCUGACUGUGGAACUCACUCCAGGGUAUCCUCUCUUACAAGAUCCCAAGUUGCAACGUUCAAGUCGCUCGCAUCAUUCAAUUUUAACAACAGUACACCUUCAUCUGGUACCCAAAACGUCAGUUUGUCAAGAAACGCUUCAAUACGCUCACACAUAUUGUCGACGGCAUCCCUGCAAAAGGCAUUAGGAAGUCCAAGUCCAGGGACAAAUAAGAAGAAGGAUACAAAACGAAGGAGUUCACGUAAAAGUGAUUCAGCUGCAUCAACAAAAAUUGAUCAACCAACGAGUCAGUGGUAUACUACUACAGAUGUAUCGCAAAAUACAUCGACUCCUAUUACUCCACUAAUGUCCAGUUUUCCUACUACACCAAUAUUUGAACUUCGCCAAGAGGUAAUAUUACGAUAUAAUUAGUGUUGAAAAAUAAAAAAUAAAAAUAAUAAUAAUAAAAGUUUAUCUGGGCAAUCUCAACAUUAUUUAAGAAAUAUUAAUAACGGAAUGGAUUCAAGUAGUUUAGGAAAAGGAAAUAGGGAUAGUAUUGGCACUACAGAUAGCACAGCAUCUGAAGAUGAUCCACCACCACCUUUACCUGUGAAAACCCGUGAAGCUGAUUACUGUAAUCUUCCAGAAGAAUUACCUGUUCAUCAUUGUGGAAUAGGUAGUUUAAACAAUUUUAACCGGUCUUCAGGCCAAUGGCCAAAAAGCAAGCUUCCAACCCCUACAGACGAUCUUGACAUUCAUACAAAGCCACCCACUCCUCCACCAAAACCAAAAAGACCACCUUAUACCUUAAACAAACUUAUGCUUUCUUCAGAUAUAGAUAAUUUUAGUCAAGAUCCGUCCGUAACUUGA